UCGACUUGAACGCGCGCUCACGAGUCAAACCCUCCGGGACUCACUCGGUUGUUCAGUGUCAGUGAUGAUGGACUCGCUACUGCAUUUCGGCCUGUCGGAGCGCCUCCAGGACUACACCGACGCCAACAACAACACACCCUCCUCGAACAGCCCCGACAAAUACUCCCUGCGACCGCGCUCCCUCAGACGGAUAACCGAAACGAAACUGUCGGAGACGGGGGAGAAGCUGCCCAAAAACGAGAAGCAGAAACAGAAGGCGGCGCCGUUGAGCAAGUACAGGAGGAAAACGGCGAACGCCCGCGAACGCAACAGGAUGCGCGAGAUCAACCAGGCGUUCGAGGCGCUGCGCCGCGUCAUCCCCCAGAUGCAGACGCAACAGAUACCGGGCGCGAACGAGAAACUGACCAAGAUCACCACGUUGCGUCUGGCGAUGAAGUACAUAUCGAGUCUGAGCGCCACCCUCAACGGAUGCGAGAUCGAACCGGAUUACGGCGACCUGGACUGUUUCCUGCUGGAGUCCGACGGUGAGUCGUUGCCGCUCAGCGAUCAUUCCCUGCUGGCGUCGCCGGAUUUCCCAGAGACGUCGCUCAGUCCGGUGGAUUUCGGCGACCCUUCGCUGCCGGCGCUGCUGCACACCGAUUUCACGGAGCACGUGCUGGAGCCGCCGGAUUUUGGGGAUUUUUUGCUGACCUGAUUUCGUUCGACUGGGGAAUCUUGGUUUCUUUUUGAUUGUUUUUUAAUGGCACACGAGCUGUCACUGUGGUUCAUGUAAGUAGGUAGUAAGCAAAGUAAAAAAUUGUUAACUACAAAAAUUGUCGAUGGGUUGAAGAAGUAAAACAACAGUAAUUUAUGUGUAUUAAAAUGUUUUUAUUUUAUACAUAAAAUUAAGCAAAAAAUGAUUGUUAAAUUUUUAUUUAGUGUUUUUAAAAACAU